AUGACUCGAGAUAGCAACCGGGCUCAGCGAGAUGGCGUCCAGCUUGUCAGUCUCUCCGACAUCGAGGCUGCAGCUGAAAGGCUCAAGGGUCGCAUCAUUAAGACGCCUUUGCUGACCUCGACUGCCAUUGAUGAGCAACUCUCAAAGCUGAUAUCGCCGCCGGAAGGACCGGCGAUUGAUGUCAGGAUAUGCUUCAAGGCAGAGCAUCUGCAGCUUACUGGUGCGUUCAAGUCCAGAGGAGCCGGUAAUGCAACUCAAUUGAGCUUAGCACGUUUGCGAGCAGAGAACCCAAACUUCGAUCCGACCAAAUUGUGCGUCUUGACUCAUUCCUCUGGCAACCACGCUGCUGCUCUGGCUCUGCAAGCAAAGCUGGCAGGCGUGCAGGCCGCGGUGGUGAUGCCUGAAACUGCACCGCAGACGAAGAAGGACAACACCGCUUCUCACGGCGCUCGCAUUUGGUUCUGCAAGCCUACGCAGCAGGCCAGGGAAGACAUGGCGCAAGAGGCUCAAAAGCAGCUGGAAAGCGAAGGACUGGUCGUGGAAUUCAUUCACCCCUAUGAUGAUCCCGCGAUCAUCGCAGGUCAAGGUACCAUGGGAAGAGAGAUGAUGAUGCAGACACCAUACUUGCAGGAGCGAGGAGGCUGCUCCCAUGCCGCGCAGCUCAACGGCUCCUCGUCGGCAAGUGACAAUGAGCAGCUUGGGGGCUCGUCAGCUUGGACUAGAAGAGGUGCUGCAUCACCACCUCUCGACAUUGUCAUUGCUCCAGUCGGAGGAGGCGGAAUGCUCAGUGGAGUGGCUACAGCAGUGAAAGGCAUAGACCCGCGGACGAUCGUCGUGGGAGCAGAGCCGAAGGCCGUGGAUGAUGCGAUGCGCUCGUUUGAGAGUGGCGUCCGGCAACCUGCUGUUCUACCCCCGGAUACAAUCUGCGACGGGCUCUUGACUUCCCUUUCAGAUCUCACCCUCGCCCAUAUCGAGCGCCGGGUGGACUUGAUCGCAACGGCUUCUGAGACCAAUGUGAUCCUCGCCUUGAAGGCCGUCACGAGCUCAAUGAAGCAGAUCAUCGAGCCAUCUGCUGCCGUAGGACUGGCUACCUUGCUGGAAGACAAUAGUCAGCUGCGGAAGGUUGUACGUGACGUCCACGCUCGCAAGAAUGAGGGAGAGGACCAGAGCGUGAGGAUUGGCAUUGUCUGGUCGGGAGGCAACACCACCGUUCAGACCAUUGCCGAAUAUCUCUCCAAGGUGUGA